UACAAAAACAGGGGGAGAGAGAGUGGGAAAGAGAGAGUGAGAAAGAGAAAGAAAAAAAGGAAAGUGAUCACCAUCAUUCGUAGUAGUGUUUACCUUGGUUCACUGGUGAAAAUGCAUGCUUGUUUUCCUGUACUAGUUGCACGCUAUGCUUGGGAGAUAUUUUCUUUGUGCAUCCCCUGGCAACAGAGUGUUUCAGAUUAAACUGAAUUUCAAUCAUUGGACAGACAGAAAAAGCAAGAGGUGAAACAGGUUAUUUGCUCUCUCCUGCCUCUUCACCACCAUGGCCUCCCAAAAUCCAACCGGCUCAGAGAACACAGACUUCACCUGGGAGGUGAGAGCUAAUGACCGGCAGUUCCACAAGGGACAGCAGAGGAGAUCUAUUUUGUGUUUCCACAAGGGGAAAUAUGCUGACAAUAAGGUGCGCAGUUAUAAAUAUACCCCCCUGACCUUCAUGCCACUGUCGCUGUAUGAACAGUUCCACCGCAUCGCAAACGUCUUCUUUCUGCUCAUGGUGAUAUUGCAGUCUCUUCCAGCCAUCUCCACACUGCAGUGGUACAUCACCAUGAUCCCGUUGAUGAUUGUGCUGUCCGUGAGGGGUUUCAAAGACUUGUUCGAUGAUCUGGCCCGACGGCGCAGCGACAAGCAGAUCAACAGACGGCCGUGCGACAUACUGACCCGUGAGGGGUUCUCUGCUUCACAGUGGCAGGAUGUGUGCGUUGGCGACGUCCUGCGGCUACAUGUGGACCAGGUAGUGCCGGCAGACCUGCUCCUCCUCUACAGUUCAGAGCAGCAUAGCCUGUGCUACGUGGAGACGGCCGACAUUGACGGGGAGACCAACCUUAAGUUUCGCCAGGCUCUGGCCAUCACUAACCAGGAGCUCAGCGAGCCUGUGAACUCGUCUCUUCUGGCUUUUAAUGGCAGCGUGCUCUGCGAGGAGCCCAACAGCAACCUGUACUCAUUCAGAGGAGAGCUGCACUGGCGGGGAGAGCGCCACCCGCUGGACACUGAGCACAUCCUGCUAAGAGGAACGGUUCUGCGGAACACAGAGACUGCCUACGGCCUGGUCAUAUACGCAGGGUCAGACACCAAGAUCCUGCGGAACUGUGGGCGACUCAUCGUGAAGAAGACCCAGGUGGAGAUGAUCCUGAACCGGGUGGUCAUAGGGAUCGUGCUCUUCGUGCUGCUGACCUCACUCCUCCUGGCGGUGGGCACGGGCGUGUUCGAAGCCUCGGUGACCCCCCGAAUCGAGGAGCUGUCAGCCCUGGGGGGCGACACUGCACCCGCCUACAGAGCCUUUCUCACCUACUGGGGCUACAUCAUUCUGCUGGCCCCUGCUAUGCCCAUGGCUCUCUACAUCUCGUUUGAGAUGGUGCACGUGGUGCAGAGCCUGCUGAUUGGCUGGGACCUGGACCUGUAUGAGGAGGGCAGCGACACGCCGGCCCACGCCCGCAGCACAGCGCUGAACGAGGAGCUGGGGCAGGUGGGAUACCUGCUCAGCGACAAGACCGGCACUCUGACGCAGAACCACCUGCUGUUCCGCCAGUGCUGCAUCGCGGGUGUCUUAUAUGGAGCCGUGCCAGACGAUGGGAAGAAACCAGAGAAGCUGGACCUGAGCUGGAACCCGUACUCCCUGGGCGGUCUGCAGUUCUACGACCAGCGAUUGGUGGAGAGGCUGCGGGGGCGGAGCUGUGAGGAGGCGCGGGAGUUUUUCACGGCGCUGGCGCUCUGUCACACGGUCAUGUCCGAGUGGAAGGACGGGGUCCUGCAGUACCAGGCGGCCUCCCCGGAUGAGGGGGCCCUGGUGGGGGCAGUCAGGGAGCUGGGGUGGGUGUUCCUGUCCCGGACCCGGGACUCCCUGACGCUGAGCGAGCUGGGGCAGGCCCGCGAGUACCAGCUGCUCGCCCUGAUCGACUUCACCAGCCAGAGGAGGCGCAUGUCCGUGCUGGUGAGGGAUCCAGAGGGGAAUCUGAAGCUCUACUGUAAGGGGGCCGAUAUCGUCAUCCUGGAGAGACUGCAGCAGAACAGCCCUCACCAAGAGAGCAACGAGAGAGCGUUGGACCUGUACGCCCAGGGCUGCCUGCGCACGCUGUGUGUGGCCGUCCGCACCGUGGGGGAGGGGCUGUGGGAGAAGUGGCGCAGCGUGCUCGCCCAGGCUGCCAUGGCGAUGCGUCACCAUGACGACAUGCUGGAGAGGCUGCACGACGACAUGGAGAGGGAGCUGACGCUGCUGGGGGUGACGGCCAUUGAAGAUCGGCUACAGGAGGGGGUCCCCCAGACCAUUUCUACCCUCCGAGAGGCGGGGGUCAAGGUGUGGGUGCUGACCGGGGACAAAACAGAAACCGCUGUGAACAUUGGCUACUCCUGUAGCCUGCUGGAUACAGAGGCCAGAUUACUGCAGGGAGAGGAACUGAGGCAGCUGCUCCAGGCCCCUGACCCACAGAAGGCCCUCAGCAAGGGCAAUGAGCUGGACAGCUGGGGCAAAUACGCCAAAACAGAGGGCAGCAAAAUGGCGCUGGUUGUCACCGGACCUGAGUUGGCGGAGAUGGAUGAACAGCCGGAGCUGGGCGAGCGUUUCAUGUCCCUGUCCCAGCUGUGCCAGUCAGUGCUGUGCUGCCGCAUGACGCCGGGUCAGAAGGCGGGCGUGGUGGAGCUCGUCAGGAAGUACACGUCCGCCAUCACCAUGGCGAUCGGAGACGGAGCCAACGACGUGAACAUGAUUAAGAGGGCUCAUAUAGGCAUAGGGCUGAGCGGUGUAGAGGGCAGUCAGGCGGUGCAGAACGCUGAUUACUCAUUGGCCCAGUUCCGAUUCCUGGCCAAGCUGCUAUUGGUCCACGGGCGUUGGUCGUACCGGCGCAUCUGCAAGUUCCUCCGUUACUUCCUGUACAAGACCACCACCUUCGCCAUGGUGCACGUCUGGUACGGCUUCUACAACGGCUUCAGUGCACUGCGUAUAUAUGAGAACUGGUUCAUCACCUUGUACACAACUAUGUACACAAUCAUGCCCCUUCUGAGCCUGGCCAUUUUUGAACAGGACAUUAGCGCAGAGGCCAGCGUUCGAUGGCCGGAACUCUACCAGGUCGGGCAGAGGCAGGAGCUCUUCAACCCCUGGAAGUUGGCGGGGACCCUCUUCUACUCCCUCUACACCUCCCUGGCCCUCUUCUUCGUCCCUCUCGGAGUGAUCUCCUACUCCGUCAUGGACUACCAGUCUUUUGCCAUGACCGUGGAGACGGGGGCCAUCUUCACUGUCACCGCCGAGAUAAUUCUGCAGAUUGGAUUCUGGACAAAGUUCAAUUUUGGAGCAGUUAUUCUGAGCCUGCUCCUGUUUUUUGUGUCGACGCUGAUACUGCACAGCCCCCGCCUACAUCUCAACGCUCCUACAGACUACUACUUCCCCGGUGUGUCCAUGCACGCCUUCAGGGACCCGGUGCUGUGGCUGACCGCACUGCUGACCACCUUUGUGGCCAUCCUCCCCUCGCUGACCGUCCGCGCCCUCGCCGUCGUCCUCGCCCCCUCCGACACUCACCGGGUCCAUAGCAUGGGGAUGGCCACUUCACAGAGAAGGCAAGCAGAGAUGCAGCAUCACUUCAGGAGGGGAGAUCUGCAACGACGUUCAUCCUACGCCAUCUCCCAGGGCAAAGGGUUCGGCCGGAUCGUCACCUCGGGGUCUGGACGCCGCAGCACAGCGCCCUCACAGGACGGGAGGGAAACUGCAGGGAGAGCUGACAGGGACUCGCCACACAAAAAAGGAGGGGGGAACGCCGUUGCUGCUGCCCCCGAAGCAAGCCAAUGAAGACUGCCAUGGGCACCAAGGCGUGGCGGGACACCAGACCCGGGAAUUCGAGUCAGCGACUCGGACGCCAGUCGCACUUACGUCGCACGCACACAAACUCCAGACUCGAGACUUGAGACCCGACUUCUCAAUUAGGACUUGUGAACAAUAGUUUGUGAAGUUCAGAGUCUGCAAUAUGCCAUUGUGAAAAUAACGAUGUGAACAAUGUCACAACCAAUGAUUAUUUUAAAAAUAUUCAUAUUACAAAUAAUCCCUGGUUAAAACACACCCAACGUCGUUUUACGCGCCAAACCGAGUGCCUUUCCGUUUCAAACAUAGCAGCACCCUACACUGUUUCUUUCCGCAUAGCUAACGUUACACUUCCGCAUGUUGUGAUCUUUGGAUUUAAAGAAUGCAGGCUCUUAAACAAAAUGAUUGCAGCUAGCAAAGUGUGCAGCAUUAAAAUAAAACAUGCGGAAGCUACCACGUGAAAUUUAAUCAGACAUUUGAAAACUCAUUGGGAACGGUCAGUCAGUUUACCAGCACAAGAGCUGAUCCCACCUCUGUUCACUGUUGCCUAGUUAACGUAAUUUAGCUAAACUGCUGUGUUGGCCCUGUUUAAUCAGAAUCACGGAAGUGCACAUUUCAUUGACUGUCAAGUAGCGAUGUUGGCUUGCAUUUCAAAUGGUUGAUGUUGAAAAACUAUGCAAGCUAGUAAGCAAGCAAACUAGUACAGUAACGUUAGAACAAAUUUCUCCAGGCUUCCAUUUUCAGUGUCAACGUAGUUCAAUGAAACGGCCAUCUAACGAGGGUUUGAUCUGGAGCAUGAGCGAAAGGUAGCACUAUUUUAAAAACCUUUGAGUAUGAUCUUUAAGAUCGAUAUGCAAGCUGGACAGCGAGUCAUUUUGAAUGUAUUGUUAGGUGACGUUAUGUAGUCGUUGCAUGCACAUUGGUAUUCCAGUGUCAUACAAAUAUGAACUGUAUAUGUAUUUUAGAGAUAGCUUGUUUGUGAUACACGUUAGCAUUAAAAGCUACCGUAGAACCCGAGUUUAGCAUGUUUUGAUGUAUUUAUAAUGAUUUCACUCUGGUUAAUGGCAUUCCUUAGGAUUCUAGGUUUUCCUAUAGCAUAAUGUAGAUUUAGUCACAAAAUCAUAGCUUCCGAUUUCUUGCAUAACAAAUAUCUAGUCUCGUUUUUUAAAAAUGAUUAAAGUAAAUGCUUAACCUUUCAGUUCUAUAUAUUCUUAAAAAGUAAGAAUAUAUUAAUGAACCAAUAAUGCAACAUGAUUCAAUUUUUAGCACUUUGUAACUUCGUUUACAAAUACAGUUAUAAUUAUUAGUAUUCAAUUUGAGAUUCUCCGUACAAAACUGCAUUUAGUCCAGGAUUAAACUUAAUCUUUGUCCAUGUAACCUGUUUUAACCCCUAGUUUGUUAUUGACACACAUUUUAUAUUACAGGCUCAUGAUAAUGUUUACAUUAUCUCACAUGAGUCACCGAGUUCUUAAAAUAAAUAACCAUUCUAUUUCUUAUCUUAUUUAUUGAUAUAUCAAUUACCUACCACACCAGACCCAAGGCUUUGCCAAAAUGUUGGCUCAGGCAUGGUAGUUCAGUGAUAUAUGAAUAAUAAAUGAAAUAAUCAAAAUGCAUUUUGUGUGUGCCCAUAAUAUUACUGUUUCUUCAGUUGUCAUACACUUGAUUUCAAAUACAAAAUAUGUCAUCUACA